CAUUUCAAGUGGCCAUUAGGGGCCCCUAUGCUGGCAGCAAUAUAUGCAAUGAGUAUGGUUUUAAAAAUGUUGCCUGCCCUGGGUAUGGCGUGUCCACCCAAAUGCCGCUGUGAGAAGCUGCUCUUCUACUGCGACUCUCAGGGCUUCCACUCAGUGCCAAACACCACAGACAAGGGCUCUCUGGGCCUGUCCCUGAGGCACAAUCACAUCACAGAGCUCGAAAGGGAUCAAUUUGCCAGCUUCAGUCAACUCACCUGGCUCCACUUAGACCACAAUCAAAUAUCAACAGUGAAAGAAGAUGCUUUUCAAGGACUCUAUAAACUUAAGGAAUUAAUCUUGAGUUCCAACAAAAUAUUUUAUUUGCCAAACACAACUUUUACCCAACUGAUUAACCUGCACAAUUUGGACCUGUCUUUUAAUCAGCUGUCAUCUCUGCACCCGGAGCUCUUCUACGGCCUCCGCAAGCUGCAGACCUUGCAUUUACGGUCCAACUCCCUGCGGACUAUCCCAGUGCGCCUGUUCUGGGACUGUCGUAGUCUGGAGUUUCUGGAUUUGAGCACGAACCGUUUGCGAAGUUUGGCUCGCAAUGGAUUUGCGGGAUUAAUCAAAUUGAGAGAGCUUCACCUAGAGCACAACCAGCUGACCAAGAUUAAUUUUGCUCAUUUCCUACGGCUCAGCAGUCUGCACACUCUCUUCUUACAGUGGAACAAAAUUAGCAACCUGACCUGUGGGAUGGAGUGGACCUGGGGCACUUUAGAAAAGCUAGACCUGACCGGAAAUGAAAUAAAAGCCAUCGACUCGACAGUGUUUGAAACGAUGCCUAAUCUUAAAAUACUGCUCAUGGAUAACAACAAGUUAAACAGCCUCGAUGCCAAGAUCUUCAACUCCCUGACAUCCCUGACCACCGUCGGCCUCUCUGGCAAUCUGUGGGAAUGCAGCCCUCGAAUAUGUGCUUUGGCCUCCUGGCUGGGCAGUUUCCAAGGUCGGUGGGAGCAUUCCAUCCUCUGUCACAGCCCUGACCACACCCAAGGAGAGGAUAUACUAGAUGCAGUGCAUGGCUUUCAGCUCUGCUGGAAUUUAUCAACCACCGUCACUGCCAUGGCUACCACUUAUAAAGAUCCAACCACUGAAUAUACAAAACGAAUAAGCUCAUCCAGUUACCAUGUGGGAGACAAAGAGAUCCCAACUACUGCAGGCAUAGCAGUUACUACUGAAGAACACUUUCCCGAACCAGACAAUGCUAUCUUCACUCAGCGGGUAAUUACAGGAACAAUGGCUUUAUUGUUUUCUUUCUUUUUUAUUAUUUUUAUAGUGUUCAUCUCCAGGAAGUGCUGCCCUCCCACUUUAAGAAGAAUUAGGCAGUGUUCAAUGAUUCAGAACCACAGGCAGCUCCGAUCCCAAACACGACUUCACAUGUCAAACAUGUCAGACCAAGGACCAUACAGUGAAUAUGAACCCACCCAUGAAGGACCCUUCAUCAUCAUUAAUGGUUACGGACAGUGCAAGUGUCAACAGCUGCCAUACAAAGAAUGUGAAGUAUAAUAUCUACCCGUCCUCCCAAAUUACAUCAGAUAAGUAACCUAUUUUACAUAGUAGGGGCUAAAUACAUAUCUAAUUUUUACCAAUGGUGACAUUAAGCCUAAUUUUCUCAAACCAAGUGGAGACUUAAGUUUUU